UUUUCACGAUCGACACGACAUUGCUAAUCGUAAUAACAAUGGACACAGGAGCGGUUGUCCACUUGCGCGUAUAGAUUAGUACAUUUAGUGAAACGCGAAAGCCAUAAUGCUCAAAAUAUUAUUCGCUUUUGUUCUUGUAUUCUUCAGUCAUUUUUGUGCUAGUCAAUUACGAAAUGUCCGUUUGGUGAACCAUGCUGGGUAUCUGAUAAGCGUGGUGCAGGCGACGGUAUCAGUGCUCGAGGAGAGGGGAUGGUGCAAUUUGAAAAUACCAGAUAUAGAGCAAAACAUCAACGAAACAAUCUACGAUCGGGAAUCAUUGGGCACUGUCACUUACAAGAAUGGCUUCGUGGUUUCCAUUCAACAUGUUGACAUACAGCAGUCCACAGUUCAGCAGGUUUGGAGCAGGACCAAUCAGGGCCAAGUGGACGUUCAAGGCAGGUUUAGGAUGCACAACGUGGUGAUUGGAUUCGACGUCCUGGCGAAUAUUAAUGCAGAAGAAUAUCGGUACACUGGGACGUUUACGCAUCCUCUGGUGAACUUUGAGUUUUCUAUAGUAAGGGAUCUUAAUGUAUACACAACAAAUGCGAGCGUCAGAGCCGUUAUACCAAACCCACCCAACGCUAACAUGGUGAACUUCGCUCCAAGAGACAAUAUCACAGAUGUUUUAAACGCAAUGUACGUGAGGACUAGUACCAUUCCGGGGAUGGUGGCUUGGGGCCCGGAUGUGUUCACACCGAUCGUGAAUGACAUAGUCAACAACAAGAUCGAGUUUGCAACUGUUUGCUACAACUGUGUUGUUACGCCAUAAGAAAAUAAAUAUUUUAAUGCAAAUUCAUAUUGGGAAUUAUUUUCGAGGUUUUGUUUUUUAUAAAAUAAAAUUGUAGUGAAUGAA